AUGGCCACUGCAAGGCCCAAUUAUUAUUGUCAUAAGUGUCAAGCACAUAUUGGACAUGUCACGGAUUAUGAGUGUCCACGUUGUCACGAUAGUUUUAUUGAAGAAGUUCCAGCACAAGAACCAACAUCUCAAUCUCGUAGUCAAAGACGUACAGGUGGAACCUUUCAAAUUCAUAGUGGAGCACCAUUUGGUAAUACAACAAUUGUUUUUGGUAGUGGACCUUCAACAAAUGAUGCAAAUAAUCCAAAUGGAAAUGGUGAUUUAGGAAAUUUUCUUCAAAAUAUUUUAACACAACUUGCUGGUGGACUUACUGGUGGUGGUGGUGGAGGUGCACAGUUUCCUUUUAUUAUGCAUAAUGGUGGUGGUGGUGCAGCUUUUCUUGAUCCAACAAAUCUUGAUGCUUUUCUUACUCAAUUUUUAAAUCAAAUGGGAGAAAAUAGUGGUCCUGCACCAGCACCUGAAAAUCGUAUAAAUGCUAUUCCGACAGUAAAAGUGACUGCUGAACAAGCUCAUGAUAAUUUACAGUGUGCUAUUUGCAUGGAUGAUUUUAAAGAAAAUGAUGAAGCUAAACGUCUUCCUUGUACACAUCAUUUUCAUGAAGAAUGUAUAUUACGAUGGCUUAGAAUGCAUGGAACAUGUCCAACAUGUCGUGUUACAUUAGAUGGUGAUAAUACAACAAAUCGUGAAUAUGUUAAUCUUCAACCAAAUCAACAACAAACAUCAUCAUCAUCAUCAUCAUCAAAUAAUAAUCGUCGAAAUAAUGGAGAUAAUAAUGGAUCAUCAUCAUCAUCUUCUGCUGCUGCUAUGGGAGGGUUUAAUCCACUUGAAUUCGAUUAA